AUGUCCACCUCGUGGUUUCAAAAGACAUUCACGCUCCCGGCCAAGUCCCGAGGCUCCUAUCUCAUAACCGACCACGUCGUCUCCUCGCUACCGGAGUUGAAAGAGUACAAAGUCGGGUUGCUGAACCUGUUUGUGCAACAUACUUCAUGCGCACUGUCGUUGAAUGAAAACUGGGAUAGUGAUGUGCGAGAGGAUAUGAGCGAUGCGCUAGAUCGACUCGCGCCGGAAGACAGGAAAGGAAACCUCUACCGACAUUCAGCAGAGGGGUUGGACGAUAUGCCGGCACAUAUCAAAUCAGCGUUGGUAGGAGCAAGUGUCACGAUUCCCAUCACCGAUGGCAAACUGAACACGGGUACCUGGCAAGGGAUCUGGUACCUAGAGUUUCGGGCGUCAAAGCACUCGCGGAAAGUGGUGGCAACCAUACAAGGCGAGAAACGUUAA